GUCACUGGGCCAGGAAACAAGUGGGGAAGGGCGAACGAGUCGCGCAAGGCUGCACUGUGCGACGCUGAGCGAGUGCGACGGGCGGCAUGAGGAGGGCAUUUACCUUUGAGGCCUCGAGCAAGCAGUUGGCGCGUCACGGCGUGAGGGUCGACGGUCGCGCGGUGGAGCGUUAUGGGCGAAUCGGGUGGCAGGUCGGCCGGCGAACCACAGCGCUGCUGGGCCUCUCUGGGCAGGGGAAGGCGGGCGCGCUACGGGUCGAGGAUCUGCUGGAGACGAGACUUGGUGCCCGCGUGGUAAGAGAGCAGCAGGUGGCACAGGCACAGGCUGGCGAUUUGGGGCAGAGAUCGCCCGCGUGUCGCCCUCUGCUGCUUUAUAGCUAUGCUGCCCAGGUACGACGUCAACCCGCGACAGUUGUCUCGCCUCUCAUGCCAGCCCCAUCACUAUCACACUACUCUCUCACGCACGGCAACAUGCAAACUGCAAAGAAAGAAAAAAAAAAAGCCAGGGCGAUGGGGGCUUUGCUCAGCCUGACCUCCUCUGUUUUACCGGCGCUGCGGCACGGCCCAGACGGGCGCAAGCUGCCCGUCCCCGAUUGGUCUGUCAUGCUUCAUGAUGCGCUGGCCGAGCUGCAAUCGUCGCUGAGCUGCCGCAGCCCCUCUCCGAAUCUCUUCGAUCCUUGACCCGGCCGCGAGGAAGCGAUUUUGAAGGUGGAGGCGGCGGCCGAAGAAUCGCGAUGAUGCCCUGUGCUGCUGCCGCCCCGUUGUGCCCGUGCCUCCCGCGCCCGCCCUUCCAUCGGCGAAUCCUUCUCCCGUCGCUCCUUCUUCACAUGAAGUGGACAAAUCACCACACCACAUUACCUUAGGUACCUCUUCUCGCUCGCACCACUACUACCUAUCCAUACCACUGCCAGCGCAUCAGAAUCAAAGUGCCCUCUCGGAUGCCCAGGAAUGCCUCCCGCACGA